AUGAACGCGACGAAGCGCAAGUUUAAGGAUUUGCUUCAAGGUCUAAGCAGCCCUGGCCCAACUUCUUCCGACAAAGAAGCCGACAAGAUGAGCAGUAGCCCUCGAUAUGGCACCGAUACGGCAAGCAAUGAUACGAUUCUUCAGAAACGAAGGCGAUUGGGAUUUCCCGAAUCCAUGACUCCUACGCUAUAUAGCCCAUCGCACACCACCACAUUUUCCAAUGUGGUGCUCAGGAAAUCUAGUUCGCAACCAAAUAGCAAGGCAACGAGCCACACUCCAGCAAAAUACUGCCCCGGGGAUAGAGACGAGUUGCUCAAACGGUUGGCAACAUUCCAGGAAAUCACGGAUUGGACACCAAAGCCUGACAAGGUCAACGAAAUAGAAUGGGCGAAACGAGGAUGGAUAUGUCAGGGGAAGGAGAAGGUUCGGUCUCCUUUUCUUCCAUACGAAUUCAACCUACGCCUUCCAGAUGAAGUUGAUAUCGACAAUGUCCUCUCUCAACUUCCGCCCGACUUCUUUUCCGAGCCCCCACCGGUUGUUGACAAGUCUGGAGCAGUAUCCACGGACAAGCCGCCCAACAGAGCUGCGCUGGCGCUGGCAUUGAUGGGAUGGCAGGGUCUUACAAAUUCGCGGAUAGGGCCGGUGCCCAACUCAGCAUCGUGCCACACCUGCUUGCGAAGGUUAGGACUGUGGAUGUUUAAGAGCAAAGAAGUCGAUGAUUUGGGCCAAGUUGUAGUACCGGCGCCAAUGGAUCAUUUGGAUCCGCUUCGAGAACACCGUUUCUUUUGUCCUUGGAAGAAUCCGCAAGUUCAAAGUCGAGGAGGUGUUUCUAACGGGAAGGACAGUCUGGCGGGCUGGAGGACCUUGGUCCAGACUAUAAAGAAUGAAUCAGACUUGCGCAAUCUUUACAGCGGGAAAUCAAAAAGAGUAGGACAGUUGCUAGCGUCACCAAGCCCUAUGAGGGACAUGCCUGGCACGCCCGGGUCGCCCAGCCCCGCUCCUCCUAGGCCGAAGAUGAGUAUUGAUGCGCCAUCAACAGGGACACCCCAGACAAAUGCAGGUGAUGACGAGGAGAAGACCCGAGAAGCAAAGGACAAGGAGCGGUGGGCAAGGUUGAGAAAGGUGAAGAGCCUAUUCGAUACCAAAGGUUCAAGAAAGUUUCGACGGGGAUUAGGUCGACCUGGCACCGGCCACUCCAACAAAUCCACGACGGGGGCAUGA